CGUCAAGGCGAUUGAGAGGAAAAAGAGAAGGGGUUUGGGGCCUGGCCGGCGAACCGAGGCUGAGGGCGGUUGGGCGGUUCCGUGGGGCGGUGUCCAGAGAGCUGCGGGGCCCGGGCCCCAGGGGUUCACGCCACAACUCCAGAAGGUGUCUGAGCCAGCGCGCCGGCGAGGAGUAGCGGCUAGUGGGACCCCGCGGGCCGGGACCAUGGGCUGCUUCUUCUCCAAGAGGCGGAAGGCUGAGAAGGAGUCGCAGCCGGAGGGCGAGGAGGAGCGGCCGAAGCAGUACAGCUGGGACCAGCGCGAGAAGGUUGAUCCGAAAGACUACAUGUUCAGUGGACUGAAGGAUGAAACAGUAGGUCGCUUACCUGGGAAAGUGGCAGGACAACAGUUUCUCAUUCAAGACUGUGAGAACUGUAACAUCUAUAUUUUUGAUCACUCUGCUACAGUUACUAUUGAUGACUGUACUAACUGUGUCAUUUUUCUGGGACCGGUGAAAGGCAGUGUGUUUUUCCGGAAUUGCAGAGAUUGCAAGAGCGCAUUAGCCUGCCAACAGUUUCGUGUGCGGGAUUGUAGAAAGCUGGAAGUCUUUUUGUGCUGUGCCACUCAGCCCAUUAUUGAGUCUUCCUCGAAUAUCAAGUUUGGCUGUUUUCAGUGGUACUACCCCGAAUUAGCUUUCCAGUUCAAAGAUGCAGGGCUCAGUAUCUUCAAUAAUACCUGGAGUAACAUUCAUGACUUUACACCUGUGUCAGGAGAACUCAAUUGGAGCCUUCUUCCAGAAGAUGCUGUCAUUCAGGACCAUGUUCCUCUACCUACCACCGAAGAGCUCAAAGCUGUCCGCCUUUCCACAGAAGCCAGUAGAAGUAUCGUUCCAGUGUCCCGGGGUCAGAGACAGAAGAACAGUGAUGAGUCAUGCUUAGUGGUAUUAUUUGCUGGUGAUUAUACUAUCGCAAAUGCCAGGAAACUAAUUGAUGAGCUGGUUGGUAAAGGCUUUUUCCUGGUUCAGACAAAGGAGGUGUCAAUGAAAGCUGAAGAUGCUCAAAGGGUUUUUCGGGAAAAAGCACCUGACUUCCUUCCUCUUCUGAACAAAGGUCCUGUUAUUGCCUUGGAGUUCAAUGGAGAUGGCGCUGUAGAAGGAUGUCAACUUAUUGUCAACGAGAUAUUCAGUGGGACCAAGAUGUUUGUAUCAGAAAGCAAGGAUGCAGCAUCUGGAGAUGUAGACAGCUUCUACAACUUUGCUGAUAUACAAAUGGGAAAAUGAAGUGCAAUGUGGAACCAAGGACUUGAUUUUAAGCCCUUUUCAAUUUGUGUAUUAUCAAUGGUUUUUUUUACUGAUGCUAAAAUUGUUAGUCAUUUUUAAAAUAAAUUGUUGAAUACUGCAUCAUUUAGUUGAGGUUCAAAAAGAGUUCACUUUAAAUUAAGUAGUUUUAAUCAGCUUAAAAACCAUUUAACCCAGUUCAGUGAGCUUGUAGGUUUUGUUUCUCUGCAUAUGAUACUGUUAUUAGAAAAUAGAAGUGGCUAACAGUUCAUGAUUUUAGUCCUAAUUAAACGUUCUUUCAAAUCUCUAAUUUACACUUUCCUCAGUACUCCAUGAUAUUUGAGAAUAUAUUCCAUUGCUUAUUUUCUUUUUUAAUUUAGAAGGAUUCAUUACUAGCGGAUCAGUUAGAAUGAACCUAUGCGCAUUUUUUUCAUGUAUAUACAUCCAGUUAAAUAUUUGCUUCCUAGUUGCAUAAUAUGGCAAAUGAAAUUUUGCAUACAGAGUUGACAUAAUACUUUGUAAAUUAAGUUUUUUAAAUUAAUAGGUAUUUGAUAACCAGUUUUGCAAGUAACUCUACUAACUGAUGUUGGUAUAGCUGUUUAAAGACUACUUUGUGAGUAGUAUGAUUAUUUGAAUAAAUUCCACAUUGUUUAGUUUUUGAAUACAACUGCUAGAUGACUCUUCUGCUUCCUGGUAGGAAAAGGUAUAUGCAACACUGAAACUAUAGAAGCCCAAUCACCAGCAGUUCAAAAAGGUGAUCACUGUUUUAUCAGCUCUUAUGAGCUAUUAGAAUUAAAACAAAACCUUGCAACAUUUAGGUAAGAAAUACUUAAGCAUAGUGAUAAGCUAUGCAGAUUAUUAAAAAGCUAGAUAAAUUUGAUUUUCAUUAGAUAUGCCACUUCUAUCAAUCAAUGUUCAAGUAUGAUAAAAUUAUUUUGGUUGCUUUAAAGCAUUAUUUUCCAGAUCAACCUGACCGUAAUAAUUUACCAGGGGGCAGGGGAGAGCUACUUGUUUAAAAAUCCACAUUCUUGGACCAAUCCUUAGGCAAAUCGAUUCAGUGCCCAGGGGAAACUCUGUUUUAAGGGGUUUGUUGUAACAUAAGGUAAUCAGAAGAUCUUGAUAGGUUGAUCUUAUGAGAAGGGACUGAACCUGCCAUCUACACCACACAGAGCAGCUAAUCAGAAGUUAGCUUUCAUAGGUCUAUUUUUAAAAGGAACCUUGAAUUUAAUUAUGUUUUGAUAAAACUAAGGCUGAAAAUAAUCACUUGUAAAAAUUCCUCUUAUGAUUGUUACUAACAAUGUAUUUUUGUGUUUAAACUGAAAAUAUUUUUGUGGAUAUUUUCAGAUUCAUUUACAACUAUUGCAUUGAAUUGUGUGUCGAUGUUCAGAAAUCAUACAUUAAAAGACUUUUCACUUUAAAUUAAUAAGUAAUAUUGACCACCUACCCUGUGCCUCACCUUGUAUUAGCAUUGUAUCAUUUCAGUCUUUCUACAGGAGCAUUCUGUUCUACAUAACCUAUCCUUUAAAUCAAAAUGAAUUCAUAAGAUGCAAAUAAAAAUCGGUGAUGGGUUUAAUAUAAUUUUUAUCAUAAUUUACAAAUGAGCUUUGCCAAGUAGUAGUCAGAGGACAUUAAUUUUUCUCAUAGGUAAGCUAAAUUAAACAUAUUCUUUCUGAUCAUAAUUACAUUAUUAAAUCCCAUUAUUCACAGUUUAAAAAAUCACAAUACUUUGUUUUUCAAAAAUAUAAUACAAUGUUAUACAACGCUGUAAAUUGAGUUCUUUAUUUUACCUAUGGUAUUUUAGCAAAAACUCAGGAAUAUUACAUAUAAGGGAGAUGUUAAUUUAAAAAUUUCCCCUAAAUUUAGUAUCUAUUCACCAAAGCCUGAAAUUUUAUACUCUUCUGUUAGAUAAGAGCUUUUACCCAAGUUUAAUUUGUCUUUCAGGACAGUUCUUUUCUUCUGAAUGUUUGAAAAGAUUUUUUAAAAAUAAGUAGUGCUAUGGUUGUUGUUUCUAUCAUUCUAAACCUUGAUUGUAAUUAGAGUAUUCUACAUUUCAUUUCUGAAUAGCUUUUGAAUUCAUGAAAAAGUAUUAGCAAUGAAAACUUAGUAAUUUUAUUAAGUUAUACAUAUUUAGACAUUAUAUUAGCUUAUUUCUCUUGUGUUAAUAGUACUGCUGUUUUUGCUUCUGUAUAUUUAUAUCUAGCUUUUGUA